AUGUCUCGCAUUGUGCGUAUCACUUCUUCUUCUGGGCGUGCUCCUGGGGCGCCCAGCUCAUCUUCCAUCACGUCGGCGCAUUCGCGUCAGAGGUACCAGUCCUCUACCCUCCCUCUCCCUCCUCGCCCUCCUCCUUCCAAUGCGUCGGUGCAUCAGCAUCAGAGGUACCAGUCCUCUACCCUCCCUCUCCCUCCUCGCCCUCCUUCCAACGCGUCGGUGCAUCAGCAUCAGAGGUAUCAGUCCUCUAACCCUCCCCCCCUUCCCCCUCCUAACUCGAGGACAUCAGUGGUCAAGUCUCUAGACUAUGGCUAUGAUGACUCGAUCACACCAGCUACAAUACAGGAACUCACCAGCUGGGCUCCUGUCCUCCCCACUGAAGUCAAGAAGCAGUCGACUACUGACUGGCUUUCAGCCGUCCCUGCAACAACCCCUUCACCCCGACUCUCCGUUGGGUCAUCUGUGUUCGACUUGCUCAAAUCCUCUUCGGUUCUGCCAAGUGUAGAGUCGGAGGCGGAGGAGCAGGUUGAUGCGCCCCAGUGGGCCACUAACGUUGAGAAGGUAUGGUUCCCUGCGUCCCUCAGUACUCCCCAUCCAGAGCCCCCCUAUACUGCUGCCCUCACUUUUUCUUCUCCAUCUUCUGCUUGUUCUCCUCGUCCUUGGUUUGCAACUCCUGUUCGUUCUGCUGCUCCUUCUCCCCAAACAUUUUGUUAUCCCCCCACUUCGUCUGAGUUUUCUGUACCGUCUCAUUCUUCUUCUGAUCCUUUUCUUUCUGACCCUUGCUCUGUUUCUCGUCCUGCUGGUCUUGAUUAUUCUGUUGCGCCCUCUACUGUUUCUUACCCUGCUUCUUCUAUUGGUUCUUCUCGUCCUGCUUCCUGUGUUGCUUCUGAUUGUGCUGCUUCUGAUUCUGCUUCCGUGUCUGCUGUUUCUGGUUAUGUUGCUUCUGGUUCUUCUGCUGCUGUUUCUCCUAGUUUCGAUGUUCGCCCAAAGAUUCCUCAACGCCGCAAGAUUGCUCCUCGGAGUCUUUCUGGCGGUAGCAGGUGUUCUUCACGCUUCACCGAUUCUCGACCACAACCUCGUCCUGCUCCUGUUCCUUGCAUCCCCGAGGAGAAACCCCCUCGCUCACCUAUUCUUCCUCCCCGACGUACUUACCCAACGCCUGCCUGGCUUACGUCAACGAAUCACAGGCGCGACCCUUUCGAGGGACUUCUUCCUUCCAGGCCCCGGACCUACUUGGAAUGGUUCCACCAUACCGGUACCUGGGGCUAUCCUAACGGCAAAAUCGAUAUCUAUAGUCCACCCGCGCAUAUCUUACACCCACUUCCGACACGGACCAAUAUCUCUAGUAAGCCCCUUCAUGUUGUUGCUGACGACUGCUCUAGUGUUAUCUCUAGUGAUAUUUCUACUGACAAUAGUGACCUUACCAUCAUCCCUACUGGCAUCGAUAUCCCUGUGCCUAUCCCUACUGACGUAAGCAUCUCUACUCCCCCUACUGACGAUAGCAUUCCUACUCCCCUUACUGACAACAGCAUCCCUACUCCCCCUACUGACGACAGCAUCCCUACUCCCCCUCCUGUCCCUACUCCCCUUACUGACAACAGCAUCCCCACUCCCCCUCCUGUCCCUACUCCCCCUACUGACGACAGCAUCCCUACUCCCCCUCCUGUCCCUACUCCCCUUACUGACGACAGCAUCCCUACUCCCCCUCCU